UCCAUCCCAUCAUAACUCUCUUUACACAUUCCUAAUAAACACUCACAUUAAGGAGACAUGGGUUCAAAAACCAAUACCCCAUUAGCUCUCUUUUUUGCACUCAAUCUUUUGUUUUUUGCAUUAGCCAGUGGUUGUACCACCUGCCCUAGCACUACCACAAAACCAAAUCCAACGUCCAUCGGGGCCUGUCCUAGGGACGCCCUUAAAUUAGGUGUGUGUGCCAAUGUGCUUGGCAGCUUACUUAAUCUCGUCGUUGGAGACCCACCAGUUAAGCCAUGUUGUAGCCUUCUUGACGGCCUUGUUGACCUUGAGGCUGCCAUUUGCCUUUGCACUGCUAUCAAGGCUAACAUUCUUGGAAUCAAUCUAAAUGUACCAGUGUCACUCAAUUUGCUUCUAAACGUUUGUAGCAAGCAAGUUCCAAAGGACUUCAUAUGUGCUUAAACAAUCAACCGACUAUGUAAUCUGUUUGUGUGUGUAUGUGUGUUAAUUUUCAACUGUGAGAGUGUUUAUUGUUAAUUUGAUCUCCGAAAGGGAGAAAGUAUUUUAAUUUGUUUGUAAUGAUCGUUUUCAGAAUUAUUUUGUGGGGAUUAAAUUUUAUAUUUGAUGCUUUUGUUUAUUUCGUA